AUGUGGCUCAUCACGCACAUCUGGCUCACGAGAAGCAGGUUCCACAGUUGUAUCUCCAUAUUCGAAGUGAAUCAUGUCGAGUAUCUUCUCCUGUGCGUCAUCCUUCGGCCGAUCUGCCGAGUCCAGUUGCCACUCCAUGCCGAAGCCCUCUGCAAAAGCCCAGUCCAGGUCGCCAGUCCUCCCAAGAUGAACACCAGUCCCCACGAAACACCUCAGGCCCUGCACGCUGCAAACAGGGUUAGCAGUCGGAGGAGAAGGAAGUCGAGGUGUACCAGCACCAUCCCAAGUAUCUGCGCCGCUGUGUUCACUAAGCGCAGGACGAAACUCACUGGCAGCACGAUUGAACGUGAACACAACAAACUCCGCAUCUGGAGAAGGCCCGAGAGCAUCCCGCACAACAUCCACAUCGCCUGCUACUGA